AUGGCUGCUGGAGGGAGAGACCCUGGUGCUGGCCAUGUGGAGGAAGAAGCCUCGCAGCUUGUCUUUCCCAGAGAGUUUGAAACAGCACAAACUCUCCUCAAUUCAGAAGUCCACAUGCUGCUAGAGCAUCGAAAGCAACAGCAUGAAAGUGGGCAGGAUGCACGAGGACUUCCAGUAGUUUUCUGGAAAACUUUAGAUUAUGCUGCCCGUUUUAGUCGUUUUCAAAACAGGGAAACCAUUGCUAGUGUUCGGGGCUUGUUACUCCAGAAGAAGCUCCACAAGUUUGAGGUGGCUGCUUUAGCAAACCUUUGUCCUGAGACAGCAGAGGAGGCCAAGGCUCUGAUUCCAAGCCUAGCCGGUCGAUUGGAAGAUGAAGACUUGCAAGAGGUCCUUGAUGAUAUUCAGACCAAGAGGAGCUUCCAGUAUUAAGAGCAGGAACCCAGCCCUUCAGUGAACACCAAAGAGGAAAUUUCCCAGAAGUCUUCUGCAACUAAGAAGAACUCCAACUCUCUCCAGAGACUAUUCAGAAAUGUCAGUCACAAAAGCUGGUCGAGCCUCCUAGGGACAAGGCCAUGCAGAGUCCCCUUGCAUCCA